AUGCCCCUCCAUCCCGUUCCCCCACAAAAUAGCUUGCUACCCCCGAAGCUGGAACUCUCGGUCUCUCGAGAAUUCUCCAUCUCUCCCAGCUUUCUAUCUUCACCACCUUGACACCUUAACACCUUGAUCCCCUCUCCCCCCAAUUCCCUACCAACCAACCAAUCCCACCCAAAAUCAAUCGCAAUGGCUGCCACCUAUGCGCUCCCGGAGUCGCACAAGCAGAUGCUUGAGAAGUCACUGCUUGACUCUGACCCGGAGGUCGCCGAGAUCAUGAAACAUGAGAUCCAGCGUCAACGCGAGUCCAUCAUCCUCAUCGCCUCCGAAAAUGUCACGUCUCGUGCUGUCUUCGAUGCCCUCGGCUCCCCCAUGUCCAACAAGUACUCUGAGGGCUACCCCGGCGCUCGGUACUAUGGUGGCAACCAGCACAUCGACCAGAUCGAGCUUCUCUGCCAGAAGCGUGCCCUCGAGGCCUUCAAUGUCGAUGGUGCCAAGUGGGGUGUUAACGUCCAGUGCCUGAGUGGCAGCCCUGCCAACCUCCAGGUCUACCAGGCUAUCAUGCCUCCCCACGGCAGGUUGAUGGGUCUGGAUCUCCCCCACGGUGGUCAUCUUAGCCACGGUUACCAGACUCCCCAGCGGAAGAUCUCUGCCGUCUCCACCUACUUCGAGACCAUGCCCUACCGUGUCGACCUUGAGACCGGCAUCAUCGACUACGACACCCUCGAGAAGAACGCCCAGCUCUUCCGCCCCAAGAUUCUCGUUGCCGGUACCUCGGCCUACUGCCGUCUCAUUGACUACCAGCGCAUGCGCAAGAUCGCCGACUCGGUUGGCGCCUACCUGGUCGUCGACAUCGCCCACAUCUCCGGCCUUGUCUCCUCCGGCGUCAUCCCGUCGCCCUUCGAGUACGCCGAUGUCGUUACCACCACUACCCACAAGUCGCUCCGUGGCCCCCGCGGUGCCAUGAUCUUCUUCCGCAAGGGUGUCCGGUCAGUUGAUGCCAAGACCGGCAAGGAGACCCUCUAUGACCUGGAGGACAAGAUCAACUUCUCCGUCUUCCCUGGACAUCAGGGUGGCCCCCACAACCACACUAUCACGGCCCUUGCCGUUGCUCUCAAGCAGGCUGCGACCCCCGAGUUCAAAGAGUACCAGAGGAAGGUGGUCGCCAACGCCAAGGCCCUCGAGAACAAGUUCAAGGAGCUUGGCCACAAGCUCGUGUCGAACGGCACCGACUCGCACAUGGUCCUCGUCGACCUCCGCCCCCUGUCCCUCGACGGUGCCCGCGUGGAGGGUGUCCUCGAGCAGAUCAACAUCGCCUGCAACAAGAACAGCGUCCCCGGCGACAAGAGCGCUCUCACCCCCGGCGGUCUGCGUAUCGGCACCCCGGCCAUGACCAGCCGUGGCUUCGGCGAGGCCGACUUUGAGCGCGUCGCUACCUACAUCGACGCCAGCAUCAAGCUCUGCAAGGAGAUCCAGGCUGCCCUGCCCAAGGAGGCCAACAAGCUCAAGGACUUCCGGUUCAAGAUCGCCAGCGGCGAGGUUGCCCGCAUCAACGAGCUCAAGAAGGAGAUCUCGGACUGGUGCCACACCUUCCCCCUCCCCGUCGAGGGCUGGAGGAUGGAUGCCGGCAUCUAAGCCGAUUACAACCACAGUCUGCGCUGCGGCGGCGGUGGUGUUACGGUACAUCCGGCGCCACCCCGACGCACAGUGUUCAACAACAGAUAGGCGGACCCAAGCGGCCGUCUUGUUUUCUUGUCUUUUCCGGGUCUGCAUCUAGAAACAGGGGUGCACAGGACGGCGAUCUCAACGAGUCAUGGGUGCAUGGGAGGGGAACGGAAAUCGGAAAAUCACUCAUCCUGCAAAUCAUUUCAUCAGGCGUUUGCAUCAUGGGUGUCUUGGUCAUCAACUUACCAGGUUCGGUACCGGGAGGGAGUCUGGUUUAUACCUUGGUUUUAGCUUAUUUAGGAGGCUGCUUCAACGCGGAUGAUUAUACCCGAUCUGAUAUGCAACAACUGCGGAGUC